AACACUCAGCCUCUUCCGUGCCGGCACGCGUCUUGUUUCCACUCUGUGGCUUCUCCGAGAUGAACCGCCAAUUCACCUGCAGGCCGGGAGCUGGCGGCAGGGGCUUCAGCGGCUGCUCGGCAGUGCUGUCUGGGGGCAGCGCCUCCUCCUACCGGGCAGCGGGCAAAGGGCUCAGCGGGGGCUUCAGCAGCCGGAGUCUCUACAGCCUGAGGGGCGCCAGGAGCAUCUCCUUCAAUGUGGCCAGCGGCAGCGGGCGCACAGGGGGUUAUGCGUUUGGCCGGAACCGGGCCAGCGGCUUCGCAGGCAGCAUGUUUGGCGGUGUGGCUCUGGGGCCUUCAAAUACAUCCCCAUGCCUGCCCAGCGGCAUCCACCAGGUCAUUGUCAACAAGAGCCUCCUGGCCCCCCUCAAUGUGGAGCUGGACCCCGAGAUCCAGAAGGUGCGCACCCAGGAGCGGGAGCAGAUCAAGGCCCUGAACAACAAAUUCGCCUCCUUCAUUGACAAGGUGCGCUUCCUGGAGCAGCAGAACCAGGUGCUGGAGACCAAGUGGGAGCUGCUGCAGCAGCUAGACCUGAAUAACUGCAGGAAGAACCUGGAGCCUGUGUAUGAGGCCCACAUCAGCAGCCUGCAAAAGCAGCUGGACACACUGUCUGGGGACAGAGUACGGCUGGACUCAGAGCUGAGGGGCAUGCGGGACGCGGUGGAGGACUGCAAGAAGAGGUACGAGGAAGAGAUAAACAAACGCACGACUGCGGAGAAUGAAUUUGUGGUGCUUAAGAAGGAUGUGGAUGCAGCGUACAUGAGCAAGGUGGAGCUACAGGCCAAGGUGGAUGCCCUGGACGCCGAGAUCAAAUUCCUCAAGUGUCUGUUUGAGGGGGAGAUUGCCCAGAUGCAGUCCCACAUCAGCGACACGUCCGUCAUCCUCUCCAUGGACAACAACCGCAGCCUGGACCUGGACAGCAUCAUCGCCGAGGUCCGAGCUCAGUACGAGGAGAUCGCCCUGAAGAGCAAGGCGGAGGCUGAGAUGGUGUACCAGACCAAGUUCCAGGAGCUGCAGCUGGCAGCCGGCCGUCACGGGGAUGACCUCAAGCACACCAAGAACGAGAUCUCAGAGUUGACCCGGCUCAUCCAGAGACUGCGAUCAGAAAUCGAGAGUGUGAAGAAGCAGUGCUCCAACCUGGAGACGGCCAUCGCUGACGCCGAGCAGCGAGGCGACUGUGCCCUCAAGGAUGCCCGGGCCAAGCUGGACGAGCUGGAAGGCGCCCUGCAGCAGGCCAAGGAGGAGCUGGCGCGGAUGCUGCGUGAACACCAGGAGCUGAUGAGUGUGAAGCUGGCGCUGGACAUCGAGAUCGCCACCUACCGCAAGCUGCUGGAGGGCGAGGAGUGCAGGAUGUCUGGAGAACACACCAGUGCUGUGAGCAUUUCCGUCAUCAGCAGCUCUGCGUCUGGGACCAGCGGAGGGGCCGGUUUUGGGUUCGGUAGCACUGGCACCUAUGGCUACCGGCCCAGCUCCGUCGGUGGGGGCUACAGCAUCCUGUCUGGGGGCUGCGUCACUGGUAGUGGGAAUUGCAGCUCCCGUGGAGAGACCAAGACCAGGCUGGGUAGCACCAGUGAGUUUAAGGAAGUUUCAGGAAAGAACAUGGCUUUGGGCUCACCCACAAAGAAAACCAUGAGAUAGACUGACAGCCGGGCGCCCGUUUCUGCCCAGCUGUGGUUUUCUCUGGAGUCUCUGCCGGGAAACCCCUCUGUUUGCCAUCGCUCGCUCGCUCGCUUCUUGCCGUUCUUUGCUGCCAACCCCGCUGCCUUUGUCUUUAUCAGCCACACCAGGACUCUCAGGUUGAAGCUAUCUCAUGAAUCCUCCUGCCCCAGUGCAAAGGGACCACUUCUCCGAGCCUUCCAUAUCCUCAUGAUGGCUCACCUGCACGCCCCUUUCUGGUGGAGCUUCCCUCUAGGCCAAUCCUGAUCCUCUGCUACCCAUUACCAUCUGGGCACAUGAGACAGGAAGUGUGUUGAAGGACGGUUCUUCGAGAGCCGGCCCAGCCUGCCGCAGCACAGGCCCACAGCUGCAUCUGGCACCAUCUCCGUUGGUGUCGGGCUGGGAGUCCCCAUCCCGUCUGGACCUGGUUCAGCUCCAGUCCUCUGUUCCUGUACCCCACUAAUAAACAUAUAAAACCAUGGAAGGUCAGACUACCUCUUUCCUGGAGGAACCCUCAUUUCAGGCCACGUCCCUCUGGUAUGUGGCAUGCUCACUGAGACCUCUGGCAUCUGAGGUCUCUCCAGUCCACAGAACCCUGAGUAUUGAUCUGGGUGACGAGGCCCUGAAUAGGCUGGGGACCCCAGCACCACCUGCACUGAUACCUAACAUUCAUCUGUCCACAGCCGACAGGUGUGCCUUCUAAGUCCUGCUUUCCUCAGCUACAGUCAGGAUGUACAAUGUCUAGCGACAUGUAGGCUACAAGGAGAAGUCAAGUGUCUGGCAGCAAGAUCUAAAGCCGACCAAGAGGCAGUGGAGAGACAGUUCUGACAAGCUUAGGACUUGAUGUUUUCUCAGUAACACCUCGAUGGUAGAUUCCUCUUUGAAAUAAAGACCCAAGUUCUUAAUAAAGUUUGUACUGAGUCAAGUAUGAGCACGUAUGCAUGCAGGAAUUUACGUGUGUGAACACACAUGUGUGUGUGCUUAAGUAGAUGAUCAUUCCAA